AGUGAACUCGCCAGGAGCAGAAGCUCCCAAGCAUCCGGCGUCAGACACGGGACGCCUCUGCUGUGCCGCAGUGCAAGCAUAGAAAUCUGGACUCUAGGGAAGGGGUAGAGGAGAAAAACAAACUCAGAGCAGUAUGGCCUGGCUCAAGACACCCCCACGUGGGGCUGGACUGUCACAGCGGACAGCUCAGACUGCUGCACGCACAUUCCAGGACCCACGCCAUCAACACCCAAGUCACUGGCAGUCCCAGCACCUCCCAUCAGAGCAGCUGUCCCGAGAGUGCAGGAUCUCCCCAGCUGUGGGCUUUCACCAGGGCUAAAGCCCCCCAGGCGGCAGUGCUGUCAGCCCCCAUCAUCUCCAAGAAUAAACUCUGAAGCUACUGGCUGUGUGAACCUGAAUCACCAGGGAGCCUGCUGGAGGCGGGGGAGUGACUGCCCGGGCAGCCAAGUGGACUAUAUAAGCCCCAGAGGGCUGGGCGCUGCUCAGCUCCCAUCCACCAGCUACUGCCUGCCCGAGGUGCAUUCAGAGUGGUUCUCAGCACCCACCAUGUCCCAGGCUGAUGCCCCGGAAGCUCCCAUGAGGAAGCAGCGCCCACCCGUGAAGGAGGAGGACCUGAAGGGGGCCCGUGGGAACCUGGCCAGACAACAGGAGAUCAAGUCCAAGACCUACCAGGUCAUGCGGGAAUGCGAGCAAGCUGGUGGCACCGCCCCGUCAGUGUUCAGUGGCAGCCGGACCGGCACUGAGACGGUGUUUGAGAAGCCGAAAGCCAGGCCUGCCAAGAGCGUCUUCGGCUGAGACGUGCCCACCACUCCCCUCCCAUGGCGACUCCUAGACGCAGAAGCCUUCCCACCAGCUCCUAAUGGCACAGGCGCCUCAGCCGCCACCUCGCACCUGCUGGGACUGCUGCUUUUCCCCCGGGGCACGGCCCCUCUGCAGGAGCCUGUGCACAGCCCCAAUAAAGAGGAGGCCCAGGCGGCCCUGGCGUUUGGA